CCAAGGGCGAACGCGGAGACUCUGGGGACGCACAACUCCGGGCCUGGGGUCCCGCUGCCGGCUCGCGCCGCCCCCGCGCAGUGCUCGCCCCGCCCCUGCCCGGCCCCCGCGUCCCUCCCUCCUUCCCUCCUCCCGAGGUCUCCUCCUCCCGACUCUCCCGGCGCCGCUAAGUUUCUUCGCUCGGGACCGCGCAGAGAGCCGGGGCCGGGCACAAGCGGUGUCUCCGCUGCUCUGUCCCCGCGCGCGCAGACCCGGGCCCGGCCCCGGCCCCACCAAGCCAUGCUGUGCGGCCACUGGAGGAGGAGGUGCCGCCGCCCGCCUGAGGAGCCUCCGGUACCUGCCCAGGUCUCAGCGACCCUCGCGCUCCCGCCCUCGCCCGCGUCUCCGGACGGCGGCACCAAGAGGCCCGGGCUGCGGGCGCUGAAGAAGAUGGGCCUGACGGAGGACGAGGACGUGCGCGCCAUGCUGCGGGGCUCCCGGCUCUGCAAGAUCCGCUCACGCACGUGGCACAAGGAGCGGCUAUACCGGCUGCAGGAGGAUGGCCUGAGCGUGUGGUUCCAGAGGCGCAUCCCGCGGGCGCCAUCGCAACACAUCUUCUUCGUGCAGCACAUCGAGGCUGUCCGCGAGGGGCACCAGUCCGAGGGCCUGCGGCGCUAUGGGGGCGCUUUCGCGCCUGCGCGCUGCCUCACCAUCGCCUUCAAGGGCCGCCGCAAGAACCUGGACCUGGCGGCGCCCACCGCUGAGGAAGCCCAGCGCUGGGUGCGUGGCCUGGCCAAGCUGCGCGCGCGCCUCGAUGCGAUGAGCCAGCGCGAGCGGCUUGACCACUGGAUCCACUCCUACCUGCACCGGGCGGACUCAAAUCAGGACAGUAAGAUGAGCUUCAAGGAGAUCAAGAGCCUCCUCAGGAUGGUCAACGUGGACAUGAAUGACAUGUAUGCCUACCGCCUCUUCAAGGAGUGUGACCAUUCCAACAACGAGCGGCUGGAGGGGGCUGAGAUCGAGGAGUUCCUGCGGCGGCUGCUGAAGCGCCCCGAGUUGGAGGAGAUCUUUAGUCGAUACUCUGGCGAGGACCGUGUGCUGAGUGCCCCUGAGCUGCUGGAGUUCCUGGAGGACCAGGGCGAGGAUGGCACCACCCUGGCCCGGGCCCAGCAGCUCAUCCAGACCUAUGAGCUCAACGAGACAGCCAAGCAGCACGAGCUGAUGACACUGGAUGGCUUUAUGAUGUACCUGCUGUCACCCGAGGGGGCUGCCCUGGACAUGGCCCACGCGUGUGUGUUCCAGGAUAUGGGCCAGCCUCUUGCCCACUACUUCAUCUCCUCCUCUCACAAUACGUAUCUGACCGACUCCCAGAUCGGGGGGCCCAGCAGCACGGAGGCCUAUGUUAGGGCCUUUGCCCAGGGAUGCCGCUGUGUGGAGCUGGACUGCUGGGAAGGACCAGGAGGGGAGCCUGUCAUUUACCAUGGCCACACGCUCACCUCCAAGAUCCUCUUCCGGGACGUGAUCCAAGCCGUGCGUGACCAUGCCUUUGUGUUGUCCCCAUACCCUGUCAUCCUGUCCCUUGAGAACCACUGCGGGCUGGAGCAGCAGGCUGCCAUGGCUCGCCAUCUUCGAACCAUCCUGGGAGACAUGCUGGUGACACAGGCGCUGGACUCCCAGAAUCCUGAGGAGCUGCCAUCGCCAGAGCAGCUGAAGGGCCGGGUCCUGGUGAAGGGGAAGAAGCUACCAGCUGCUCGCAACGACGAUGGCCGAAUUUUAUCAGACAGGGAGGACGAGGAGGAGGAAGAGGAGGAGGAAGAAGCUGAGGAGGCUGCAGAGCAGAGGCGGCAGGCCAAGCAGAUCUCCCCGGAGCUGUCAGCCCUGGCUGUGUACUGCUGGGCCACCCGCCUGCGAACCCUACACCCUGGCCCCGGCGCCCCCCAGCCCUACCAGGUCAGCUCCCUCAGUGAACGCAAGGCCAAGAAGCUCAUCCGGGAAGCAGGGAACAGCUUUGUUAGGCACAAUGCUCACCAACUGACCCGUGUGUACCCCCUGGGUCUGCGGAUGAACUCGGCCAACUACAACCCCCAGGAGAUGUGGAACUCAGGUUGUCAGCUGGUGGCCCUGAACUUCCAGACACCGGGCUACGAGAUGGACCUUAAUGAAGGGCGCUUCCUCAUCAAUGGGCGGUGUGGCUACGUCCUGAAACCUGCCUGCCUGCGGCAACCUGACACAACCUUUGACCCCGAGUGCCCUGGACCUCCCAGAACUACUCUCACAGUCCAGGUACUAACUGCCCAGCAGCUGCCCAAGCUGAACGCUGAGAAGCCUAGCUCCAUUGUGGACCCCCUGGUGCGCGUAGAGAUCCAUGGGGUGCCCGCAGACUGUGCUCGGAAGGAGACCAGCUAUGUGCUCAAUAAUGGUUUCAACCCCCACUGGGGUCAGACCCUGCAGUUCCAGCUGCGGGCCCCGGAGCUGGUGCUGGUGCGGUUUGUGGUAGAAGAUUAUGAUACCACCUCCCCCAAUGACUUUGUGGGCCAGUUUACACUGCCUCUCAACAGCCUGAAGCAAGGAAGGAGCUGGGGCCAAGGAUCUGAUGCCUGGCUGCUGUCCCUACAGGGUACCGCCACAUCCACCUGCUUUCCAAGGAUGGGGCCUCACUGUCCCCAGCCACGCUCUUUGUCCACAUCCGCAUCCAGCACUCCUGAAGGACAAAAGGACCACUCGGGGUUCUGCAGGUACCAGUCUGCACCCCGGCACAGCCCUCUUCCCAAGGAGUGAGGGCUAGUGGGAGCAAGAGUCCCUCCAGCGCCCCUACCUGGCUGGCUCAGCAGGUGCUGGCCUCACUGGGUGCUGAGGACUACGAGGCCCCUCCUGAGGAACUAGCAGGGGAUCUGUGCCCUCAAGACACUCAGUGGGGUCCAGCCCGGGGCCUUGAGAUGGCUCCAGCUGCUCUGGUCCUCAUCAUGGCUUACAAGAAGCCAGGCCUGUUGCUGCCUAGAGACUUGGGGAGCAGGACACCCGCGAGGCCGCCGCUCUUCUGACCUCUAGCGGGGCCAUCCAGCCCUACACAGCUGCCCUUGCCCCCGUCCCAGGCAUCAGCCCACCCCAAAGCCCUCAGGCAUUCCCAGCCACCACCUCCUGCUCUUGAACCCGAGUUCCUCUUCCCUUGGCUUCACUUCUUCCAGCAAGAAGGGCGUGCUGAGGCGCAGCCCUGGAGAAACCUGGCAGUAGGUUUGUAACUUGGGUCUUAGACGAGCCUUGGAGAGGGCAGGGAGAGUAUCUAUUUUAAAAAGUAAAGAAGGGCUGGGGAUGUAGCUCAGUUGGUAGAGUGCGUGCCUUGCAAGCACAAGGCCCCGGGUUCAAUCCCCAGUGUCGC